ACAAAGGGACGGAGCACGGCACAAUGCCAGUGAUGCAUGCACUCGUGAUCGGCGCCCAGGGGACGGGUGUCUGCCACAACCGGGUAAUCUCCACAAUCUAGAACCUUAAACAGAAGAAGAGGACUUAUCAACACGGUGCAGAAGUAAAGAGAGCAGCCAUGAAAAGCAGCUUCACUCUCCUCUUUCUCUUCCAGCUCCUUCAUCAAACGCAUAGCAGCCUUUUACUUUCAUUUUCAGAAUCUGACAGGCAAACUGUGAACAUGUCGCCGUUGAAACAACGUUUCAAAUCACGUAUCUGACUGCCGUUUACACUACGCUUUAUUAAGGUUGAAAAUGAAAGUUGAAAAGACGUAAAUUAAAGCUGCUUUGUUGUUGAUAGAAAUGCACAGGGGUUUAUUUAGUCUAUAUAACUACAAUAAAGAACUGAAACUACUACCUCAGCCCUCAAAGCGGAUCACAUGAGCGUGCGCGCUCCCGAGACUCGGACAAGCACACUUAAGACAUUCUCUCAAUAUCGGAAAAACAGCACGAGCAGACGAGACACCAGAACUGUGCAGAUGUAAAGAGAGUGGCUAUGAAAAUCAGACUCAUUUUCUUUGUUCUACACCUCCUUCGUCGAGUGUAUAGCGGCUCAUACGAAGACACUGAGUGUGUAAACAUAUGUUCCCAUGGGAUUUUCUCUCGUGGUUUUAACCUCCCUGAGUACAUACAGAGGGACACUGUGAAUGACAUCACUCUCUUCUACUAUGACAGUAAUAUGGACUCUAAAAUGCCCCGUCCUGACUGGAUCAACAGUACUGCAGAACAGUGGCACUGGAACCAUAUAAAUCUUUGGACAGAACGCGACAGACUUUUUCUUACCCUGGGAUUUGAGUUGGCUAUUAAUCAGUUCAACAGGACAGGUUCCUUGUCUGACCAAAACGUGUACCAGGCCAGUGGCUGCUGUUACCUCUAUCCAAACGGAACCUACAAGACAUCCCUAAUUCACACAUUCAAUGGAAAGGACUUCUUAAGCUUUGAUAUUGACAGAAAGACGUUCGUUGCUUCCGUUCAUCAGGCGGUAUAUUAUAAACGUCUGAGAGACGGAGAUGAAGUCGAUCUACAGGUCGUAACAAAUUUCUAUAAAACAGUGUGUCUGAAUCGAAUCAACAUCUUCAAGAACGCUCCUAAAGUUCGUCUCAGAAAAGUUCCAGAAGUCAGGAUCUUUGAGAAACAGAAGGCCGGCUCCAUUACAGUAACAUGUCACGUGACGGGGUUUUACCCCCGGGCGGUUCAGGUGGACUGGUUCGGUCCAGAUCUGCACCCUGUGGAUGGAGGGGUCACUGAUGUGCUGCCCAAUGAGGACGGCACAUACCAGACCAGAAAGAGUGUGACAGUUCCAGAGGAGGAUGUAGGAAAACACACCUACAGCUGUGUAGUGCUUCAUAGCAGCGUAGCACACAACAUCACCACAGUCUGGGCUGUGGAGAAACGCAACAGGUUUGCUGUUUGGACUUCUCUGGUCUGCAGUUGCUUGCUGGUUAUUGGAUUUGGAUUCUGCAGGUGCCGUAGAUGUGAUGGUGCUGUGAGCUGAACUGACGCUCUUCAGGAACUCUUUACUGCAGUUUGCUCUGGGACAGAACAGUGGAGCUUACAGCUCUGCCAUCUUUCAGUCUUCUCAAGUCUUUCUUUGCAUUCAUCCUCUCAUUCAUUUAGCUUGAUGUCUGACACCAUUUCUGGAUCAUAGAUACAGCAAUAUGUAAACAAACUGGACAAAUAGGAAGACAAACAACUGUGAACUGUUCUUUGUGGAAUGAAGUUCAGUAGUUGUGAUGCACAGAGUUGGUCUGUCAUUAGAUGAAUAUAGAAAAGCAAUGACAUAUUUCCACCAGAGGGGUCUCCAAAUCCUCAAAACACACAAAGUGCAGCUUUAAAUACACCCUCAAAGACUCCAUUGCUAAAUAUUAAAAAGUGUGGGCCCUUUUCAGCACAUCUAGAUAAAAUAGAGCCCUGGUAUCUGUCAGACACCAAUUGAGUGCAUUUAAAGUGACUUUCUUCUUUUCUUUAUAUCUUACUCUGUCGCCUCCUGCCUGCAGGCCCUGAUCAUCCAGUCAGCCACUAGUAGGCACUUUACUAGAGGUACAGUGGUAAAAAUGAACUAAUCUGCCAUUGUCUUAUGGCUGAUCAUAAUCCUGAUGCUCUCUACAUCUAUUAUCUAAUUAUGCCCUUCAUUUUCUCCUCCAAUCACUGCUCAGCAACCUUUACACUAUCCACCAUUACCUCAGUCAAGUUUUCAGCUUUUUAGCAGUGAGCUAGUGUUCCUUUCAAUGUACGUCGAAUAUGAAGCUCCACGUAUUCAUUCAGAUGUGUUGGGGAGGGGGGGGGGUCUGUAAAAGUGAGGCCUGAGACCUCCACAGAGUAGAGAAUGCCCUUUUCCAAAGCCCAAAAAAAAAUAAAAUGCAAGCACCCAAUUUGACUAAUUGAUUAAUUGUUGAUCAUCCUUGUCUGCAGUGAUUUUAAACUGUCAUUAGAGGUAAGAUAUAAUUUGAAAAAAAACCCGUCUGCUAUGGCAGGAUGCUUUAGCUAGGCUGUUUGAUGGUCUUUAUGCUGAGACAGCUGGAAUGUGCAUAAAGAUGCUUUAAAAGCGAAUGCUUUAAAAUGAAGUGUUGCAGUGUUUGUUGGGAUGGUGUUAAGCUUUGUUCUCAUUAAUGUGUGAUUUAUCUUGCUGAUGUGUUUUAAAUGUGACUGGAACCAAAAAUGGGUUCAUGAGUUUGUUUUUUAUAUAUACAUUUGAACUAGUCAGACUCUUGUGGAUAAAAAUGAAAGUGUGACCUUAGACACUCCACAACACAUGGGGUGAAAACAGUCCACAACACAUGGGGCGAAAGAGAAGUCAAACAAAUCAGGGUCAGAAGCCAAAACAGUGAAUAAUAACUCAGCACCAAAAAGGAACGUCCAAAGACAAGGUGCAAUAAAACAGUUCAGGUACAUACAGGGAGAAAACAGACAGGUAAACAACGCUCAGUACACAGAGGCAAUACUUCAAAGUUUUAUUUGUCACAUACAUAGUCAUACACGGUACAACUAACAGGGAAAUGCUUGGAUAACUGCCUGCUCACAUGAAGCAAUAAGGUAAUAAAUAAAGAAGAAUGUAUGGAAUGAGGAAAGUGAGGAUUCCUUCACCAAGACCAAGCAUGACAAACAGGUAUUUAUACAGAGACAGGAAACGAGGAACAGAUGUAAACAGGAAUCAGGUAAUUUUGAGUGAGGAAGUGGAUUGUGAUUGGUGGAGGCAGUAUGUGUACGCGCUAUGUGAUCUCCUGUAGGAUGCUGGGAAAUGUAGUUCAUGGACUGGACAGAGCUGGUCGGUGUCGACAGGAAUUCAUACAGAACAAUGAGC